CGGAAAGAGCCAAUAAGAGAACAGCAGCCACACGGGCUUCCAAUUGGCAUGGGUGCGACUAUCCUGUAUUUAUGUUGCCUUCAAGUCCCAAGGGAAAACUUGCAAAACAGGCUUGACCCACAGAUAUGACGGAGAGUUUGAAGAUCCGCUUUGACUUCGCCAGCCCCGUCAUACGAGCCCAGGCGGUGAGACAUCUUGUAGCUGCGGUGCUCAAAGAGAUCGGAGUGAAUGGGCAAAUCACACAGUCCUCCACCCAGGGCCCGGCGCUGGAGGCCCUGUGGCAGCAGUGCUGCAGCGACUGUGCCCUGGUGCGGUCGGCCUGCUGCGACGCCCUCGUGCUGCUGGUGGACCAAGGUCACGCAGACCUGCACUACGUCCUCAACAGUGUCCUCAACCUCCUGCCCUCGGCCAGAAAUGUCCAGGGGCUGAUGAAGGUCAUCGGACGGCUGCUCCAGAUGCAGGCCGACCGGAGAGACGGAGACGUGUUCUUCACCUGCCCUUACUCCAUCAGGAGCAGCCCUCACCCAUUCAUCACCGCGCUGGAGAACCGCGUGGACUGCUGGGCCACUCUGCUGCUGGAGAUUGAUGACUUCAUCGGGCAGGCUGCUGACAGAAGUGAACCAGCCUAUGUCACCAUGCUGGCCCCCUUCCUGCGGUACCUGUACUGUGAGCCUCAGAGGCAACCCCAGCACGCCCUCCUUCGGCACAGACUCCUCAGGGUGCUGGUGCCCAGACACCCGGGGGCUGGAUCCAUCCUUCAGGACCAGGAACACACCUCCCCAGUCUCUGACAGCCUGCUGCGCUGCCUCUGUGAGCUGGUGCCACACAUGCAGGUGGACAGCGUGGAGGCCGUGCUGGAGCUGUGUGGGUUCGCCGACGCUCUGCUUGAGGGUCUCGACCCGGCCCGCGAGGAGCGCUGGAGGGCCGAGAGAGGCGGGCUGCUUCUGCAGCUGCUGUGCGCCUGCCAGCGCUGCCUGGAGUUAAACGCAGACUGCCGCCCUCUUCUCGGCGUGCUGCGGCGGCUGCUGCCUGCCGGCCAACAGGCGCUGCCAUUGGACGAGCUGCUGAUGGGCGUGGCCAUACUCCUGUUAGAGGUCCCUGCAGCGCAGCAGACCAGCCUGCUCAGUCUGGCUCUGAGUUUAGUCCCUGAGCGGGCCGAGCUGGCGCCCUGGUUGAGCCCAGUCCUGGUUCUUCCUGUGCUGCAGCUGCUGUCCUGCUCGGAGCUCACAGAGCCGCUGGCCGACCGGCGGACGCACAGCCUCAACCAGGACCUGGCCCACCGGCUGCUCCUCCGCAUCAGCAGAGAGACGGAGAAACCCAGACAGUCGGGCCCACCGUUGGCUCUUCCACUCAGCUCCUGGUACAGCGAGCUGAGCGCGGCUCUGUCGUCGCUGCGUAAAGUGGCAGACGACCCGGCGGCCGCAGCCGACUGGCUGCUGUCGGUCAGCGCGGCCCUGUCGUCCAACCACAGCCGGCUCGGCUCCCUGGCCCUCAUCGUGACCCACCUCAUCAUCACGGGGCGGGAAGACGUGUGCCAGCUGGCCCUGAAAGCCAGCCAGGCCCUGGCCUCAGCCGACCCCUGCCAGGUGCCCUCCCUCAUUCCUGUUCUAUUGUUCAAACUGGGCAAGGAGAAGAAUCCGGUCCUGGCUCACGCUGUGCUGAGCUGCCUGCCAAACCUCGGGACUCACAAGCUCUGUGUCCCCAUGGUGCUGCAGACUCUCCACAUGCUGGCCAGCGCCCCCAAGCUGAGAGCGGUGGCAAUGCGCCUCAUGACCGAUCUUUGGAGGAAACAGGAUCGAAUCUACCCGGAGCUGCAGCGUCUGCUGGGCCAGCAGGACAGCAGGGUGGUGGUGGGGAGGGACGCCCAGUGGGAGCAGAUCCUGGCUAGAGCCGCCUGCCUUAGGGACAUCUGCAGAGAGAGGCCUUACCAGCAUGGAAGUGACAUGUUGGCCGCCAUCACUCUUACUCUGAACCAGUGCACCAGACCAGACAUGGCAACCCCUGCUGCUCUUGCCCUGCAAGGACUACGGGAGCUGUGCCGGGCUGAGGUAGUGGACAUUGUCUCAACGUGGAGAAGUCUGGGACCCGAGCUGAGCUGUGACUCGCGCCCACUGGUGGUCAAAGUCAUAGCAGAACUUCUGGCUCUGGUUCCCCAGCUCACUGUCAAGUCAGAUGAAUACGAGAAACUGAAGGAGGAGGUGGUCAGCUUCCUCUGGAAUUAUGCUGUCAGCAAGGAUCCAGAGGUGGCCAGCUGUGGCUACAGGGCUUUGGCAGAUUUUCCUGAAGCGGUCCACACAAUAAAUCUUCUUCCUGAGGCAGCCAGACCAGCUCCAAAGGCCCCUGACCAUGAGGAGGAUGAACCAGUGAAGGAGGAGGAGGACGAAGAAGAGAAGGACCUCUCCAUCCCCGGUUCAUCUUAUGUGAAGCUGAUGGCACUCACCCCCGUUCCUGUUCUACCAGCCUUCGAGCUCUUCCUGACCUCUCUGGUAAAGCAGGAGAUGAGCCAGAUGCCACGGGGGGUGUACUUCUCUGCCCUGAGGGGGGGGAACCUGCGUUCAGACCAGGGCAAAACCAUGGCCGGGAUACCGCCCUUCAUGCUGAAAACCUAUGAGAAAAACAAGCAGCCUGGGCUGAAGCCGGGACUAGCAGCUGGACUGCUGCUCUGUUACGAGCUGCCAGUGCAGACGGACCGUGACGGCAGACGGAUCGAUCGUUUCCUCGUCAGCCGCAGCCGGAGCUACCAGCAGACCUUGGCAGCCCUCAUUCAUGAAGUGAACAUUCAGCCGUCCGAGUGGCACCGCGCCCUCCUGCUGCCUCAGGCCUGGAGAGGUUUCAUGAGCCGAGCUUUCCACGGCGUCCUACAGGGUCGCCGUGCUGAUUUGGAGAUGCAGCAGAAACAAGGCAAAGAGGAGCCACAGGAGCUCCAGUACAAACAGCACUGUGCCUGGCUGUGGGCCAGGGAUCAGCUGGCAGACGUCAUCAAAGCUGCUACCAAGGACAGUCCUGUGGUUCAGGGAAACUCCAUCCUGGCCCUGAGCGGCCUGGCGGCUGCCCUGGCUAAGUAUGAGAGCAACCUGCCAGCUGAUGCAGACGGCGACCUCAGGGCUGGACCAGAGUUUGUGCCCACAGCCAGCUGGUUGGCCAUGGUGGUGAACACCCUGCUCAGCAUCAGCAGCAGCAGCUACAAGGCCCGAGGACAAGUCUUCCCAUGGUUCCUACACCGGUCCUACUCCGGUGAGAACACAGCGAGUGCCAUCGCUCGCUCCUGUGCCAGCCUGGCGCUGUCGCUGCUCGUCCCGGUGCUGGUGGUGUGGCAGAGGGACGGUCUGGGACAGGUCCUGUCAGCGCUGCAGGCCGGCCUGCCGGGCUUCCCCACCGCUGACGACUCCCAGGCUGUCCAGUUCCACUCGGGCCUGGCGCUCGGCAUGGUGCUGUCCAGUCUGCACCACCAACGCCUCGGUGAUGUCUCAGUUCAGAAGGACACUGAUCAGCUCCACAGCUCUCUGGAGGCUCUGGAAAGUUGCUCCUUCAACCCAAACCUGGAAUACAACACUGGCUGUGUGUUGGGUCUGGGUCUGGUGCUCGCAGCUCUCUGCCGCAGUGGACUGACGGACCAACAUGUCCACGUCACCCUGACUCUGGACAGGCUGCUGUCCAACCUGCAGGACAGCAGCGGGCAGGGACGCAUGCUGCAGGAGGUCUUGGCGUACUCUGUGGCGUGUGUGGCCGUCUCGGCCUUCAGCGGAGGACUUAUAGAUGCUGAGAAGGCUGAGGAGGUCAUGAACACCCUGCGCACCAUGACUGAGGAGAGCCAGCAGACUCCAGGCUUCUCCCUGGCUCUAGGGUUGGUGGUCCACGGCCUGUCGAUGUCCGGCCACGGUAAAGCAGAGGACAUCCAUCCUCGUCUGCUGGCUGCUUGGAUCAAGAUCUUACUGGCCGAGGGUUGUCCCACCAUGCAGCGACUGGCUGCCGUCAACGGCCUGGUGGCUUUAGUCGGCUCCGAGACGUCCCUCAUUCAGCAAACGAGUGAGUCGGAGCUUUCCUCCCAGAAGCAGAGCCGGCUGAAUGAGGUUAUCCGAGCCAUCACACAGAUCAUAUCAUUCUCAGGAGCCAUUGGUCUGCAGUCCAACAGUGUUUGUUUGCUUGGUCAUUUGCAUCUGGCCCACGUGUCCACCAGUCACAGUCACACAGCAGUCCCACAGGAUUUCACUUACCUCUCAGAGAAAAGCCUCAUCAGAUCCAUCGUUGACUUCCUCACAGAGGCUGGAAAAAAAGGCCCAGAGUUUGCUCCUUCAGCUGUGGUUAAAUCUGCACUGACCCCCCUGGCAUCGGUUGGAGCCAGCUUCCAGUACCCACCCGUCAACUGGAGCGCGGUCCUGUCUCCUCUGAUGAGGCUCAGCUUCGGAGAGGAUGUUCAGCAUCAGUGUGUGCUGCUGGCAGCGAGUCAGGCUCAGUCCUCUCAGAGCGCCGCUCUCUUCCUGGGCCCCUGGCUGGCACCGCCCCUCGUGCACAGUCUCAGUUACCAGACUCGGGCCCACCUGUUUGACAGCCUGGGCUCGUGGAUGAAGCACGUUGCUGAGGACAAGCUCCAGGUCCACAUGGAGGGUCUGGGCCUGCAGCAGUUCCAGGAGGACCUCCGACCCCAGCGUCUGGCCCUGUGCCGUUCCCUGCUGCAGGGCCUCGCUCGGGCCAUGGUGCUCCCAAACCCGCCCAACAACUGCUGGACCAUCCUCUGCUCCACCACGGAGAAGAUCUUCACCCUGCUGCCCAACCAGAUCCAGGAUAAUGAGGUGGAUUUGUACGUGGGAAUCUCCAAAUGUCUGUCUGAGAUGUCUGAUGCCGAGAUCGAGCGAAUCACACGAGUCACAGAGGCUCAGAUGGAGAAGACCUGCUUCGUCCUGGCUUACUUGACCUCCCAGGGCCGAGUUCCCCUCCUGGGGCUCAAUGACGUCAUUGCCGGUGUGCUCCGUGGUUGGCCGAGCCGCAGAGUCGGCUGGCUCCUCCUGCAGACGUUUUACCAGUGCCGCCUGGCCGCCAGCCCCAGUACAGGCGUUUCCAAGCGCAUGGAGUGGCUGCUGGAGCUGAUGGGACACAUCCGAAAUGUGGCCUACGGUGCAACCUGCGUCGCAUGUGGAGACACCAAGCGGGCCACAGACUUCCUGUUCCAGGUCUUUGCUGCUGCUGUAGUUUCCUGGGGUGACCACUCCAUGCCCCUCCUCCUCGGCAUCAGGGCCCAGUGGUUCCCAUGGCAACCCGGCUCCAAGCCCCAAACUCUGCAACACGCUCUGUACGGUGAGGAGUCGCUCACGGACCUUGCCCUGCCGCAGUGCCUGCUGGGUUUGUCCUGCAGCCUGGCUCUGCUGCUGGACAAAGAGCCCUGGAGCAGCCAGACGCACAAGUUCAUAGACUGGCUUUUCAGCAUCACAGAAGCUCCCGAACAGAGUCUGUCAGCCUCAACCGUCAGCACAGCCAAAGCCGGGCUAUUGGCCCUGAAGUCCUCCGCUGAGUUCAAGAAGAAAGCUGUGUGGACCAGAGCAUACGGAUGGUAGCCCAGAGACUGUCACCGUGGCAACGCACACAGAGGU